AUGGAAUUUAAUACAUCGUCCCUCAAGGCUCGAGCAUCAGCCAACGUAGAGUACGCAGCUCAUAAUUAUAAAGUACAAUCACAAGAAGUAGCUGCGACAGAAUCGAGCUUGGACAUUGCAAAGCUACAAGCACUGGCGUCCCCCCAAUUUGUUCCAGCAGGAACGUCGUCCAUUUUGUAUGAAGGAACAAAGUUCGUCUUCAGUCGAAAGUCAUUGCCCGCACCGCAAGGCCAAAGCCUACCGCGUAAUAAUGAGCGACUCGAGAUCAUUGCUAAUUGCAGAAUGCACAAGCUAUUUGAAAGAUUACUAUGGGAUAUCAGAAGGGAGAACUAUGAAAGAAGGCAAGGGGAAACCAUGUUAUUCCAUCCCAAUAACGACGGAGAAUGGCGAUACUUUGGCCUGAAACCGAAACGCGAUAUUAGCACAGUUGUCCUCGAGGAAGCCAAGAAGAAAUCUAUUCUCGACGAUGCCAGGAGCUACCUCUCAUCUAGGUCAUGCCUAAACGAUUCCAAUAUCGGGGAAGAGGCGUUUGCCUUCUUGUUGUCGAGAGGCGCUUUGCCGAGCCAGUGUCUUGUUCUUCUCGAGGAUGUAGACUUAGCUGGGCUACAACAGAAUUCUAACGACACCAACCAAGGGCUAUCACUUUCUAGUGUUCUCAGCGCGAUUGACGGCCCACACGGUCAAGAAGGUCGCCUCCUUAUUAUGACGAAGAACCAUAUAGAUAAUGUCGCUGAGGCACUGAAACGACCUGGCCGCGCUGAUUGA